AUGUCGCCCUUCACCAUUAACUCACCUGUUCCUCUCGGUUUGGCUUCGGAAUGCAAGAAAGCUGCCCGCAUUCUGAACAGUUUUAUCGCUCCCGGUCAUGGUAUCGAUAAAGUUAUUCCUCACAGCAUUCUCGCCAAUGCCAAAGGCCUCGCCAUUUUCACUGUGUUGAAGGCCGGCUUCCUUUUCUCCGGUCGCGCUGGUUCGGGACUUGUUAUUGCUCGUCUUCCGGAUGGAUCUUGGUCCGCCCCAUCGGCCAUCAUGACCGGUGGUAUGGGUUUCGGUGGUCAAAUAGGCGCGGAACUGACGGAUGUGGUCAUGGUAUUAAACACAACUGCAGCUGUUAAAACGUUUAUGCAUCACGGCAGCAUUACGCUUGGCGGCAAUAUUUCAGUGGCUGCUGGACCGGUUGGACGCAAUGCAGAAGCAUCAGGCACGGCUUCUUACAAGAACGUGGCGGCCGUUUAUUCCUACAGCAAGACACGUGGCCUGUUUGCCGGUGUUUCCUUGGAAGGAUCGGUGAUUAUAGAACGGUUCGAUGCCAACGCCAAGAUGUACCGUCGAAAGGUCAAAGCCAGAGACUUGUUGAACGGCAAUGUUCCUCCCCCUCCGGAAGCCGGCGCCUUGUAUCAAGCGUUGGAUCUGCGAUUCAGGAAUAGCAGCAGUGCCGGCGGUCGCUUUGACUUUAUGCAAAACGGCAACGGCUUUGAUGACAGUUACCGACGCUCGCCUCCUCAAUCGUUUGCGGAUUCGCCAUAUGCAUCCUCAGAUCCAUUUGACGGCCAUUCACCGACGACCACUCGCGCACGACAGCAAUCCUUUAGCCGCGCCGCCGUACGUCAACAGGCCACAGGUGGUGGUGGCACCUUUUGGCACUCCCGUGCCGAACCGGAACCGAUGUUCGAUUCGUGGACCGCCAGUCCUACGCGCAGUCGAGCUCUAAGCUCACCAAAGAUGAAUGACUUCAACGACAGCAACAACCAAAGAGCGGUCAGUACGAGUGAUUCUCUUCCUCGUGCUCGUGCUUUAUUCCGAUUCGCAGGCGAGCAAGACGGUGAUUUACCUUUUGGAAAAGGAGACAUCAUUACCAUUCUCAAGAAAACAGAUACGCAGCAAGACUGGUGGACAGGUCGCAUUGGUGUACGCGAGGGCAUGUUUCCUGCCAAUUUUGUCGAGUUGAUUUGA